AUGCAACGAAACCUACAAUUCUUCUCGGUUUUCCUUCUAUUUUCUCUAUAUUUCUGCUCAACAGUCCCUCUGGAUCGGUACAUUGCAAAAUUCCAUCCGAAAACUAUCAAAGAAGGCGAUCACGUGUAAAAAUUCAAAUUCGCGCUAAUGUUUUCCGAAAUGUACUAUUUAGUGCCCGACAAUAUCCGAAAUUCAAGAUGGAAGUGACAAUGUCGUUCGGAAUGACCGAACAAAUGAUUUUGUUCGUCGAAAGUGUCGUCGAGGAGCAUUUCAAAUCGAGAUUCGAGGUGGAAGCGUUGAGCGAAAUUCAGCAGGUGAGGAAACUUCGCUCCAAUGCACACGUGGCCUAGAACUUCCAGACGGUCCAAGGCUAUCUGGGCGGCUAUUGGGGCGUCCAAUUCUACGAAGAUCCGUACAUGUUUUUCACGACUUCCACCCGUCGCAGCCCGUGUUUCGUGGUUUUGGAUGUGAACGGCAGCGGAAUUGCGAUUAUAAAAGGCUCCUAG